UCCGGUGCGGUGGAAUGUGGUCGCGUUCGCAUUUUGUCCGCGAGCGCCGUGCAUCUUUCAUUCAUCCACCUGUGUGGUAGUGUGCGUGACGGCUCGAUCGUCGGCUGCGGCAGCCUCCUCGCGUCCCAGCGUCGUCGUCGACGUCGUCGUCACCACCGCGGUGGACAACGACACGGCGGUCUCUGUCGCGAAUCCCCGGCGGGGCGGGCGAGACGGCGAAGCGCUCUCGGAGGUGCGAGACGAGAGGCGCGUUUGGGCAUCGCUGCACGCGCGAGAAAUGCCGCGGCGCCGUACGGCGGCGAGCACGGCGCCGACGCGAGGCACCCAGUGAAAAUAUAAUUCCGGCGCGCGAUCAAACGCACCAUGGACCACCACCACCUCCCUCCUGUCGGCCACGACGCGCACAAAGGACGGAUAGAAAGCAGUGAGUGAGUGAGUGGAAGCAGCGUAUACAAGAGUGCGGGAGCAAGAUGGCGGAAUCGAGCUAUUAUCAGGGCGAUUACAUCAGGCACCCGGUUCUCUACGAACUGUCCAGCAAGUAUGGAGUGGCUAGCAGUGACCAGGUGCCCUUGCCGGCUCGUCUCGACGUGCUUCGGGAGCACAUACGCCGUGAAAUACGCAAGGAGCUGAAGAUUAAAGCCGGCGCGGAGAAGCUGAGGGAGGUCGCGACCGAUCGCAAAUCCCUCUCCGACGUCGCGAUGAUCGUGAAGAAGGCGAACAGCAAGCUGAACGAGCUUCAAGCUGAGCUCCAGCAGCUCGAGAGUCAAAUUAUACUGACGCAGGGCCAGCCUCAAUCGCCACAGCAGAAUCACUCCAACGGUCAAGACACGCCUCUAUCACCGAUGGGGCCUUCGUCGCCGAGUCAGGAAGGUCUAUUCACGGAUCUUCGUCUUCUGUCCUUGGAGAAGCAGCUCAAUAUCGAACUGAAGGUCAAGCAGGGUGCUGAGAACAUGAUACAGAGUUUGACGAGCGGCCAUCGCGACAAGAAGCUACUGCAGGAGGCCCAACAGAUGCUGGACGAUUCCCGCGCCAAAAUCGAGUUCCUACGAAUGCGAAUCAUGAAGGUGCGCCAGGCACGGCAGCAGCAACACGCGCGGGGCGACGCGCCGCCGCCGAACGGCGAAGCGACCAGCAAUAAAGAUAGGUAUGAGCCCAGCUUGGAGCUCGCCUUGGAGGAGAGGGUGGAGGAGCUGCGGCAUCGAUUGCGGAUAGAAGCGGCCGUCGUGGAAGGUGCCAAGAACGUGAUACGUCUUCUACAAAGUGCCAAAGUCGCUGAUAAGAAGGCUCUAACCGAGGCUCAGGCAAGCCUCGCGGAAUCCAGUAGAAAAUUGGACUUACUCAGAUUGUCCCUCGAACUCAGAAGGCAGGAGCUACCACCCGACAGCGGUACCGCGGCUCAGUUAAAGAGAGAAUUAGCUAGCGUACAGUCGGCCAGCCCGGUUCCUGUGACAUACACGUCGCUGCAACCGUUCCGCGGCCCCUUGGAAGGUCGGGCUACGGUGCCGGCUUCGGUAUCGAGAUGUGCAGCUGUCACAGGACAACUAGAGGUAAGAUUAAUGGGAUGUCAAGACUUGGCGGAGGAAGUGCCGGGACGUACGAGGAGGGAACAUCCUGCUAGUCCUGAUCUGCGUAGCUUCGUCAAGGGUGUCACGGGUCGCAGCUCGAGCAAGUCGUAUAGUGUGAAGGACGAGACAAGCAACGACAUUAUGGCGGUUAUAAAAUUGGACAAUCAAACCGUAGCGCAAACUAGUUGGCGCCCGUGUUCGCAGCAGGCUUGGGAUCAAAGGUUCUCCAUCGAGCUGGACAAGUCGAGAGAACUCGAGAUAGGCAUUUACUGGAAGGACUGGAGGUCCUUGUGCGCGGUGAAAUUCUUACGUCUGGAGGAAUUCAUCGACGACGUCCGUCACGGCAUGGCGCUACAGUUGGAGCCGCAGGGCCUCCUUUUCGCGGAGAUAAAAUUCCUGAACCCGAUGAUAUCGCGCAAGCCCAAGUUGCAGCGUCAGCGUAAGAUCUUCAAGCAGCAGGUGAAAAAUUUCCCGAGGGCCAAUCAAAUGAACAUCAACGUCGCGACCUGGGGCAGAUUGCUCAAACGCUCGGCGCCUUCGUUACACAAUUCCAGGAACUCGGAGAGUCCGCCGUCAGGACCUCAACCGUUGCAACUUGUAUUCGAUACCUCAAUAGAAGAUAAGCCUGAAACUCCCGGGGAAGUACCCGAUCCGGAGAAGGGGGGCCUAGGAGGCGCACGACCUCUGGGAAUGUCGGCAUCGAGCAAUAGUCCAAUUCUCCCGCGUCCACCGGAACAUCCGCCUCCACCGCCGCCGACCGUCGUGAAGAAACCAUCCACGCCCGCACCCGCACCGCCUCCGAAACUGGAUCAGGAGUUACAGAGUGCAUUAAGGGAGUUUGAUUUUCUGCACAACGAGGAAAAGGGGGGGCCUCAGGGUGCAAAUUUGAGGCCCCUUGUGACAGAGCCUCGGCCUGUGCUGAUUGCACCACCCUCUCCACGCACACCCUCGCCCCAACCUGUCGUCGAGUUUCCUGAGGAUGAGGUUGUGUGUGAGCUGCCGGUCAGGCCUCUGCAAUACAGGGACAGCGCCUACGAGUCGAGAAGACACUCUCAGCUCACCGGCAUGACUCUGGAGAACUUCAGGCUGCUGUCCGUGCUCGGUCGCGGGCAUUUCGGCAAAGUGAUAUUAUCUCAGUAUAGAAACACGGGCGAAUACUUCGCCAUCAAGGCGCUGAAGAAGGGGGACAUCAUAGCCAGGGACGAAGUGGAGUCGUUGCUUUCGGAGAAGAGAAUAUUUGAAGUAGCGAACACGACGCGCCAUCCUUUCCUCGUCAACUUAUUCGCGUGCUUUCAAACUGAGGCACACGUAUGUUUCGUGAUGGAAUACGCGGCUGGGGGUGAUCUUAUGAUGCAUAUACACGCUGACGUCUUCGGGGAGCCGCGCGCCGUGUUCUACUCUGCUUGUGUUGUGCUGGGAUUGCAAUAUUUGCACGAAAAUCGCAUUAUUUACAGAGACCUGAAACUGGACAAUCUUUUGUUGGACACGGAAGGAUACGUUAAAAUCGCGGACUUCGGUUUAUGCAAGGAGGGCAUGGGAUACGGAGACAGAACGGGUACUUUCUGCGGCACACCGGAAUUCUUAGCGCCCGAAGUCCUUACGGAGACUUCUUACACGCGAGCUGUAGACUGGUGGGGCCUCGGAGUCUUGAUAUUCGAGAUGCUCGUCGGAGAGUCCCCAUUCCCGGGCGACGACGAAGAAGAAGUAUUCGACUCCAUUGUGAACGACGAGGUUCGGUAUCCACGAUUCCUCUCUCUCGAGGCGAUAGCGAUCAUGAGAAGGUUACUCAGGAAGAAUCCCGACAGACGGCUAGGCAGCAGCGAAAGGGACGCGGAAGACGUAAAGAAACAGGCGUUCUUCAGACACAUUGCUUGGGACGACCUGCUCCUGAGGCGCGUCAAGCCACCCUUCGUGCCGGUAAUCCAAUCGGUGGAGGACGUGAGCAAUUUUGACGAAGAAUUUACGUCGGAGAAACCGCAGCUGACGCCUCCGAAAGAUCCUCGGCCUCUCAGUGAUGUGGAGCAAAGUCUGUUUAUGGACUUCACCUACAUGGCCGAUUGGUGCUAGCCACAAUGCGACCGACAUCUCUCGGCGUUAACUUCUGCGGGCGGGAAUUUUAGCACGUCUCGUAAACUGAGAGAAAUUUACUUCGUACUAUAUAUGGGAGUCCGCGCAGUUGUAUUGAUACCGUAUCUCUCUAUAGGCGCGUUUAUCUGAGCAAUAUAUAUAUAUAUAUACACACACACACACACACCAUAUUGUAACAUGUAUAGAUUUUUUAUUUUUAAUACUAUAUUAAUACACACACGCAAAACACAUACACACGUAUCACAUAAGAAGACAAAUUUACGAAAGAAAUUUUUUUAUCGAAUCUCAGGUUUGUCAUGCGUGUAUGUUACAAAGAAAACAAAAAAACGAGUAGUCAGUAUACAUGAAUUUUUACGAUCUCCGGUUCUCAGAGUCUGUACGUGAUCUACCCAAGUUCUUGAAAUUAACGAUUGAAACGUCCAGAUGCAGCCGUCGGUUGUAGGGUUGAAAGCGACAGAGCAUAUCGGUUUCCUGACAAAGAAGUUUCUUCGUAUAAAUGUGUGAAAAUGAUUUCGGAUUCACAAGAAUGCUUUCGCUGACAAUCGAAAACAUCGUUCUGUUGCUAAUAUCAAUCAAAUGGAUAUAUCCUUUUGCAUGCAAAGUGAAUUGUAUUCGACACUUUGUUGCCUACAUACCGCUAUUGUGUACAGAAAUGCAUGCGAUUACACUGAGAUUAUCCUUGUAGAGCUUGAAGGAUAAUCACAAUACAAAACAACGACGAGAAUUCACGAGAAAGAUUCACGAGGAAAGCAUGAGAUCAAUCAGAAGUUAGAUUCGCUCGUGUGAUGAAGAAUUGAAGUUGAAACGGCGCUAGGUUGUACAAUUAUCGACAUGUUGCAGAUAACGAUUCGAAGUUCAAUCUAUGCGUAUAAAACUAACUUUAUAAUAUUGUUGACGACGCUCGACACGCGUCAACUUCGCAUUCACGCGAAGCAAGCACGUAUGAGAAUCCUUCAGGUUCGUUUAUCAUGUAAUACACAUUAUUUGCUAUACUUGGAUCACUUAGUUGUAUGUACAUUCGUAUUCUAGCUUACGGUAAAAUACUUUUACUAGUUCAUGUGCUCCGCUCCAUAUUAUGUAUAUAUAAACGUAUAACCAAAUGUGUUGGAGAGAAUAACUGAUGAUAUUUCUAUAUUUAAUAGCUUGACUCUAUUGAUAGAGUGUGUAUAUAUAUAUAUCAUAUCAUAUGA